AUGUACCUCUGUUCCGAUGAUGAAGUUCGGACCUUCUGCCCAAAUACUGGCAGCACACUGAAUGUUAAGUUUAUAGGCCAUGAAGCAGAAAUUACAGCUAUUGCUUUCGAUCCCACGCAUUCACGUAGACUGACUUUGCUUACAUCGUCUCAAGAUUGCACCCUCCGAUCCUGGGAUGCGCUCAAUGGUACGCAGUUGAAAGUAUUCACGGCCCCUGGGUCGAUUUUAAGUAUGAUAGCACCAGCAGGGAAAAGCCUGCAGGGUCUGGACACGAUUUACUUUUCGUGCUGGCAGCGAAAGAGCAAUAUACAUCGAACAGAGGGAGGUCGCAUACUCGCCUUCAGCAUGAGCAAGUUCAACAUAUCAGAUCAUCUUGCUAAAACAGGAAUUCCUCCAAAGCUGGUUGGAAGCCCUCUUGGCAAUUUAGUUGGUGCAUUUGAGCGGCAUAGCAUCAACGUGUGGUCACUUGAAUAUAAAGAGGGACUUGGUUCCAGAACUAGACAUAUCGUUCGUUUGCAUCACUCAAAGCCGAUAACUGUAAUAGCGUUCAGCGAAUCCGAAGAUACACUUGCUGCUGGAGAUACAACAGGCCGUAUCACGCUUUGGCGUGGCUUCUCAAAGCCAUCAAGCGCCCACAUCAAUUGGCCUUGCAGGUCAAAUUUUCCUUCUCACUUUGCUGAUCGGAAGCUCAGUGAUAAAAAUAUAGCUGGUGACAGAGUGGGCUCUGUAGGUAAAGGAAAACUUUUUGAAAGUUCACUUUCUUGUAGCGCUUUGCACUGGCAUGCAGCUUCUGUAACCUGUCUAUCUUUUGCUUCUGAUGGAGCCCACUUGCUUUCCGGUGGUUUUGAAUCAGUGCUUGUCAUUUGGCAGCUCAACGAAGAUCGCCGGUCAUAUAUCCCUCAAAUUGGCGCGCCUCUGAACUUUAUCUUGCAGUUUCCAGGGGAUUUUACUCGUGUUGCCGUCGGCUGUGCUGACAACUCCGUACGUAUUAUUUCCCUGGCAACUUUGACCACUGAAGUUAAAAUUGUCGGCAUUCGACCAGCCGCGUUGUGCACACAGCAUGUAACUUCGUAUCCUAUCAUCAGCACGGUCUCUACUGUCAACUCGAAUUCGGUAAAAGUUUUAUCCUCUGGACCUCAGUUCGCUGAAUUAGUUGUUGCCUCGAAAGCUGUAUCCGUAUUUGAAAGGAGACCAUUUCCUUCGAUAUCGUUUCACCCUGAUUCAAGAACGAUUUGUUUUGCCACGAUGGGCACACAAAUUCAGCUUUACAAAUAUACUGAUGAGCAUGAGUCUGCAACCCUCCAUGUGGCGCCACAAAACGUCGUCAAUGGAGCUGGAGGAUCGGAUGAUCCACCAGAACAAUACAUAAGCGUUGCGGAAUUCAAUACUGACGGCUCAGUUCUCGCCACAAUAGAUAGAAGAUAUGAUAUGAAGUCGACCAACGCAAACUCUGGACGACAUGGAGAUCAACAUAACGGGGAGGAAGCUCUGUCUCUUGAGACUCUUCGAAUUUGGGAGUGGCACAGGUCAGAAGUCGAAAGUGAUAAGGUGGACAAAAUAGUUCGCGCUCUUGAAGGGGAGUUUGUAUGUGUUUCUACGUUCGAAUCACCUCAUGCUAAGUCAGUAACUUCCCUUCAAAUCCGCGGGGUGUUGAACAAGGGAUCGUUGAUGGCGUGUUCAGUUUCUCUCGAUGGAGUAGUAAAGAUCUGGAUUCCUUCAUGCCAGGCAUACGGAGCCAGAAGCCUCGGAAGCAAGUCCUGGAUAUGUCGAUCAACUGUCGCGCAUCAAGGGUUUCCUUCUCCUGCUCUUCUUACAGUCAAUUUCUCACAAGACGAAUCUUUAUUGGCGACUUCAGGUAUGCAUAUCGUGUUAUGGGAUCCUG